UUAACCAAAACCAAAAUCAAAGAAGAUCAGAAAGAUAUACAGAGAGAGCUAUGGAAGGAGAUAGAAGGGUGGGUGUCGCCAUAGAUUUCUCUCCUUGCAGCAAGAAAGCCCUAAAAUGGGCAAUUGACAACGUACUUCGUGAUGGAGAUCACCUCAUCCUCAUCAAUGUCCAGCCCGAAGGAUAUUACGAAGGGGGUGAGAUGCAGCUCUGGGAGGCCACCGGUUCUCCCCUGAUCCCUCUAAGUGAAUUCUCGGACCCUGCGAUCAUGAAGAAAUAUAAGGUAAAACCCGACGCAGAGACCUUGGAUAUUCUCAACACAGCAGCCAGGCAGAAAGAGGUUGUGGUGGUUACGAAGGUCUUCUGGGGAGAUGCCCGUGUGAAGAUAUGCGAAGCCAUUGACAACAUUCCGCUCAGCUGCCUUAUCAUAGGAAGCAGAGGACUUGGCAAGAUCCAGAGAGUUUUCUUGGGCAGCGUUAGCAGCCAUAUGGUGAACACUGCUACUUGCCCAGUUACUGUUGUGAAGGCUUAGGGUCAUGAAGGCUAGUCCUUUUUAUCUUGCAGAAAUCAAAAUUAGGUGUGUUGAUACUUGAUCUUAGCUUCAUAGGAAGAGUUCCUCUUUCAUAUGGAUUGGUCAUGGAUUUGUCUUAAAUAAUGCCUUCUGUUC